GGCAGCGCUGCUAUCAGUGGGCCUGCGGGGGAGGCCGUGGGUCAUGGCCUCUGGCGCGCCCGGAGACCGGCUACGCGAGGAAGCCCGGUGCUCAGUGUGCCUGGAUUUCCUGCAGGACCCGAUCAGCGUGGACUGCGGCCACAGCUUCUGCCUGAGGUGCAUCUCAGAGUUCUGUGAGAAGUCCGACAGCGCUCAGGAAGGCGUCUAUGCCUGUCCGCAGUGCCGAAGCCCUUUCCGGCCCGAGAGCUUCCGGCCCAAUCGGCAGCUGGCCAGCCUCGUGGACAGCGUGCGGCAGCUGGGACUCGGCGCGGGGUCUGCCGCAGCACGCCAAUGUGCGCGGCACGGCGAGGACCUGAGCCGCUUUUGCGAGGAGGACCAGCUGGCUCUGUGCUGGGUCUGUGACACCACCCUGGAGCACCGGGGCCACAGCACCGUGCCGCUGCAGGAGGCUGCCAGGUGCUACCAGGUAAAGCUUGAGAUGGCUCUGGAACUUGUGAGGAAGGAGAUAGAGGAGACUUUGUCUCAGGAGGUCAAUGUGGGGAAGAAGACUGUUGUUUGGAAGGAGAAAGUGGAAAUGCACAGACAGCGUUUCCGGCUGGAGUUUGAAAAGCAUCGAGGCUUUCUGGCCCAGGAGGAACAGCUGCAGCUGAGGCGGCUGGAGGAGGAGGAGCGAACUACUCUGCAGAGACUGAGGGACAGUAAGAACCGGCUUGUGCAGCAGAACAAGGCCCUGAAAGAGCUGGCGGAUGAGCUGGAGGAGAGGUGCCAGCGCCCAGCCCUGGGUCUGCUAGAGGGUGUGAGAGAAGCCUUGAACAGAAGUAAGACUAUCACACGGCUGGAACCAGAGACCAUUCCCAUGGAAUUGAAGACAGUGUGUCACAUCCCUGGGAUGAGGGAAAUGUUAAGGAAAUUCCAAGUUGAUGUAAGGCUGGAUCCUGCCACUGCGCAUCCCAGCCUCCUCUUGACCGCGGACCUGCGCACUGUGCAGGAUGGAGAGGUGUGGAAGGAUGUCCCCAGCAACCCUGAGCGAUUUGACACGUGGCCCUGCGUCCUGGGCCUACAGAGCUUCUCAUCAGGAAGGCACUACUGGGAGGUUGUGGUGGGAGAAAGAGCAGAAUGGGGUUUAGGCGUCUGUCAGGAGGAAGCGCCAAGAAAGGGAGAAACCACACCGUCCCCAGAGAACGGUGUCUGGGCCAUGUGGCUGCUGAAAGGGAGCGAGUACAUGGUCCUAGCCUCCCCAUCUGUGCCGCUACUCCAACUCCAGCGACCUCGACGCAUUGGGAUUUUCUUGGACUAUGAAGCUGGUGAAAUCUCAUUUUACAACGCAUCUGAUGGGUCUUAUAUUUACACGUUCAACCAACUGUUCUCUGGUGUUCUCCGACCCUAUUUUUUCAUCUGUGACAUGACUCCUCUUCUCUUGCCACCUGUGACAGAAGCAGGGUGGGGAGACUGGGCAUCCAGGGGACAUCUUGACUUUUGUUGUAGUAUGAGAGAUGAGUGUUCCUAAAAUUUUGGUCUCAGAAAAGGAUGGUAACCUGACAAAGGCCCCUGGAAUGUGGCCUUAUAAUUUGUAAAUACACUAAUUUUCAACAAUUGGGUCAGCACUUUCUUUGUUGCUAUGGAGAUUUUCCCAUAAAGGCAAAAGAGAAGAUGAGAAGUAUUUGCAUAUGAAAGAAUGGUGUGGAGUAUAUAAUCAUUUUGGAAAUGGAGUAGUCUCAUCAAACUCUAUUUCCAGAUGUCUUGACAUUAUUUUCUACUUUCUUUGUCCUUUUUUUCUUUUUUGUUUUGGUUGUACUGAGGUUUGAACUCAGGGCCUUGCAGUUGCUAGCCAGGUGCUGUACAACUUGA